GUGCACUUCCCAGAUGUUGAACGGGUAGAAUGGCUGAACAAGAUUGUUGAACAGUUCUGGCCAUAUUUUGGAGCAAUUAUGGAAAAAACAUUUAAGGAAAUCCUUGAACCAAAAAUCAGAGGAAAGAAUGUACAUCUGAAAACAUGUACAUUUACUAGAAUCCAUCUUGGAGAUAAGUGUCCUAAAAUUAAAGGAGUGAAAACCUACACCAAAGAAGUUAAUCGAAGACAAGUAAUCCUGGACUUGCAGAUAUGUUAUAUAGGUGAUUGUGAAAUUCACAUGGAGAUCUCCAAGCUUAAAGUAGGAGUGAAAGGACUACAGUUGCAUGGAACGUUACGAGUAAUUCUGGAGCCCCUUCUGACAGAUAUACCCUUUUUUGGAGCUGUAACUAUGUUUUUUCUACAGAAACCUCACUUGGAAAUCAAUUGGGCGGGGCUAACAAACCUGUUGGAUGCUCCAGGCAUUAGUUUAUUGUCAGACUCGCUAAUUCAAGAUCUCAUUGCUGCCCGGCUGGUGUUACCAAAUAGACUCACAAUCCCAUUGAAAAAGAACAUGAAUGUGACUCAGUUGCGGUUUCCGAUUCCACGUGGAGUCCUAAGAGUGUAUCUUUUGGAAGCCGAAAAUCUUGUGGAAAAAGACAACUUCCUUGGGGCAAUCAGGGGCAAGUCAGAUCCUUAUGCUCUCCUUCGAGUCGGUCUGGUGCAACUCCGGAGCAAAACAGUACAAAGAGACCUGAAUCCCAUCUGGAAUGAAAUGUUUGAGUUUGUUGUUCAUGAAGUACCCGGUCAAGAUCUAGAAGUUGAUCUUUAUGAUGAAGAUCCAGAUAAAGAUGAUUUUUUGGGCAGCUUGGUUAUAAACCUUGUAGAUGUGAUGAAAGACAGAAUUGUUGACGAGUGGUUUCCGUUGAGCAAGAUCGCAAGUGGGCAUGUCCACUUAAAGCUUGAGUGGUUUUCUUUGGUCACCAAUCAAGAGAAACUUAGUGAGGAUAGGAAUGGUCUUGCCACCGGAAUGCUCAUAGUGUAUUUGGACAGUGCUUUAAACCUUCCUAAAAAUCAAUUGGAAUAUUCCAAUGGUGAAUAUGGAGCAAAGAAAUACAGAAAAGACAGAUAUCUCAAGAAGAUAGAAAAAGAACCUUCUUCCUUUGUCCUGCUCACAUUGGGCAACAAAACUCACAAAAGCAAGACUUGUAAUUUCACUAAAGAUCCUGCGUGGAGGCAGGCAUUCACUUUCUUCGUCCAUAGUGCUUCAUCUCAGUCUCUUCAUUUGGAGAUCAAAGAUAAGGAGAAGGAGAAUGCCCUUGGAACUUUGGUGAUUUCUCUUGCUCGCUUAUUAAAGAACCCUGAGAUGACACUUGAACAAAAUUAUCAAUUGGACCAUUCUGGUGUGGCCAGUUCUAUUAAGCUGAAAAUUGUCCUGAGAGCUUUGGACAUAGAGGUCCCUGAUUCAGAAAACACCAAUGGGGCUAAUGCCUUAAAACAAGUUCCUGCCUCAGCCCCGGAACAGAAUGAAGACCAAAACAAGGCACAGCUGCCACCACCUCGUCCUCCUCCUCCUCCACCACCACCAGCAGCACCACCACCAGUAGAAGUGCCCAAGGCAGUCCAAGGAAACAAAGACUCUGCUGUUCCUGAAUGCAGAAAUGACAAACAGGAGAGCAAUACUAACCCUAAUGGAAGUGAGAAAUUGUCAGAGCCCAUUGUCAUAGAGGCAGUUGCUGGAAUCAAUGAGCAAGGAGUUACAGGUGGCUUGAACCCAAAAUCCUUGACACUUCCAGAGACCACUCGAGUACCCCCAACAUUCCCAGCUCUGCAGAGACUCCAGAUUGCCCCCAGCCUUGCAUCUCUAGGCACGGAAGCCUCUUCAAUCAUGGAUAUAACUUGCAGCAAUCUGAACCUCAAUAAUGGGACCCUUUCUGAUGGAAGGCCUUUGGGAGAGAUUCACAUCACUGUCCGGUAUGCUUCCUUAAGGCAAUCUCUCAUUGUGUUGGUCAACUCAUGCAGAAAUUUAGUGCCAUGCUCUCGGCACGGAGCACAUCCAUAUGUUCGCAUCUACUUGCUCCCAGACAAAAGAUGGAUAACCCGAAGAAGAACUACUGUGAAGAAAAGAACACUGAAUCCUCGGUAUGAUGAAAAAUUUGAAUUUAAUGACACCUUGGAAGACAUUAAGAAACGAGCCUUAGAUAUUGCAGUGAAAAACAGAAAGUCACUUAUUUCACAUGAAAGGAAAGAACUUGGAAAGGUGCUGAUUGACUUAUCAAAGGAAGAUUUAGUCAAGGGCUUCUCUCAAUGGUAUCAGUUGACAAAUGGACAGCCCCAGAGUUGACUCCUUCACACCUGAUCAACAGCACACUUCAUGUAUAUUUGGAACUUUGAAGGCCACAAUAAGAUUUUGUAAAUGUUUAUACUUCAAUAACGCUUAACUUAUUUAAUGCAUUACUAUAUUUCUUAAAAUUCUGACUUUUUCAAGGGAUGAAUUUGGCAUCAUCCUGCAUUUAACUUUUAAUGGUUAAGUUUAUAACAGUAAAUGUGUAUUUGAGGAGUUCCCCAACUGAUUGACCAAAGACAGGACAAAUUCUGAGGCAGAGUGCUCUGCUUUCCAUAUUCUCAGGCUUUACUGACCAAGCACUGUUUGUUGCUGCUUAAUUUCCCCUCCCAGCUCUGUUCCCCCACACAAAGUGCCACAAGUAAACCAGGGUCCAUAUCAUUUUGAAAGCACGUUGACAGGUAUGCUAGUUUUGCUUACAGAAUGUACUUUUUUAGUCUGUAUUGAACCGUCUUUUUCUGGGUGGUGAGGAGACAAAAAAAUCCCUCAUCCCUGCAGCUACAGUGGGGGGGGGGCUCUUCCUUCAAAGAGCAUUUCCUCACAUUUCAUUGAAUCCUGUUCUAAAGGAUCCUCUGAUUGUUUUUUAAUGAUCCAAGGGAUUAAGGAAAGAGGAUGGCUGGCAAAGAGGCAAAUGCACUAGAAUCUAAUCAUUGCCUUCAAUUUUGUACAUAAAACAGACCAUGUUUUGCAUUAUUUAUGCCAAAGAAUCUAAUUCAGAAACUGUUUGUCUACAUUACAGAUGUAAUGCGCUUUUAAAGAAUAAACUAACUUAUG